AUGGCCAUCUCUCCCUUGGAGUAUGCUUCAACACUACAGCAGCGACACGCCUAUUCGUCAACGCCACCAGUUCGACAGUAUGGAAUCCCAUCUCAGUUCACGCCUUUCAGAACCUACCAGCCCAGGCCACUAUCCCCUGCCAAUUACCCAUCUAUGAUGAGACUCUCUCCUCCAAAGGUGACCCCGUCACCAACACCUCGGCCAUCACUCUCAGGACUCGAGCGAUUACCAGUGCACAUUCUGACCCAGAUCUCCUACUUUCUGGGAUACAAGAACGUUAUUCACCUUUCGAUGACCAGCCGGCGGUUCAAUGAACUACGUCAGAAGGGCUGGCUCAAGUCCGAUUGGGAGGAUAAGUUUACGUUUGUGCUCGAGCAGGAGCGUAAACUGAGAAGGAAGGGAGGAAAAGGCGGCGCAAGCAGCAGCCAGUUUGACGACUACGCAUGUUACAUGUGCUUCAGAAUCAAAGACGCUGAUGACUUCGCCAACACGACGUAUCUGCUCGACUACGCACAGGUCACCUCUGUCGACCCUCACACAGAUGCACGCAGAUAUCGAGGUCUGCCCUCUGCGGACCCAGCUGAGACCCCUGAUGUCAGGACUCAAGCCUUGGUUCCAUCUCCGUAUGCGGAAGGCUCCUUCGCCUCUCCGACACCUUCUCUGCUGCGUCUGUCGGGGCACCAGGCGCCAAUACCAACACCGUCACUCAAGUAUCGACCGAGCCAGCCAGGGGAGGUCGAGUUGCUGCGAAACUACUGCAUUCGCUGUGGUAUUGAGAGCGGUCUGCACCCUGCCGGGGAGGCAAUUGAAACGAGGCUAUCCAAGAAGAGAGUCUGGAUAUGCUUAACCUGUUUCUUUCCGGCUUUCUCCCACUUCCUCGGCCACGAAUACCUUACAAUCAUGAAGAGCCCCCCUCGAUAUCCUCGUCGUUCAGGCCAUCGACCUGACUAUGAUGUCCGCGCGGUCUUCAGAGCAAUCGCGAAAAACGAAGCAACAGAUGAGGAAGAUGUGAAGGAGACCCGGCCACCCCGUCGACGAAUGCGUCACCCAGGCCAUGGCAAGAUCGUCGAAUCUGAUGACGAGCUCAGGACAUCAUUGAGAGACAGCACCACUGAGCAAGAGGGCCCAGAGGAAGAGAAUGACGUGGAAGAUGGUGGUGACCUUGUUUCGAUUGACUGGUCUGGCAUCUGGCAAGGUGCUCUAGAUGAAUGCGAAGAAGCUCUAGGCAAAGAACCCCAACCAAGCGCCUCGAACAACGUACUCCCAGAAGGAGAAGUCAAGCUUGACGAGACCAAGGCGGCUGAAAUAAUCGAGAGCGAUUCAGAUGAGGACGACCACCACUUCGAGGUCAGGACCAGGCGGGAUCUCCCUAGAGAAGACUUUCGAGAUUUGUGCCGCGAGAUCACGCACGAUAUCGCUCGGUCUGAAAGCGAGAUGCAGUUCGAUUCCAGGGCUAUCGAUCUUCUCCAAGAGGCCACUGAGGAUUGUCUCGUGAGUGUCUUCAAGGCAGCUGGCCGCCUUGCGGCAAGGGACGGAAGGGACACGGUCACCACGGCUGAUAUACGUACGGUAGUUGAGGUCGCAGGAUGGUCGACUUAG